AUGGCAUCCCAAAGGAAAAUUUCAGAACUACAGGCUUUCGAAAUCGAGACCGCCGAUGAUUCUGGAAUUAGGCCAAAAGCUGCCCAUGAGUUGGCUAUCCGUCAAGUUGGAGGGCCAUUUAACCUUAGUUAUACUUGUCGUGACCGCAAAAAUUAUUUACAGAGCAAGAGACAAAGGGAGUUAGCUUUUGGGCAGGCUGGUAGUAUGUUGAAAUAUUUUCAUGACAAGAUCUCUGAAAAUCCAUCAUUUCAAUAUGCUUUGCAAGUGGAUUGUGAUGAGCAUAUAACCAACAUAUUUUGGGCUGAUGCCAAAAUGACCCUUGACUACGCAUAUUUUGGUGAUGUUGUGACAUUUGACACUACUUUUGGCACAAAUAAAGAAUAUCGAUCAUUUGUUGUCUUUCUUGGGAUCAAUCAUUUUAGAGAAACUACUAUUUUUGGUGCUGCAAUUCUCUUUGAUGAAACUGAAGGCUCAUUUACAUGGCUCUUUGAAACCUUUCUAGCAGCUCACAAUGGUAAGCAGCCUAAAACUAUUUAUACAGAUCAGGAUGCAGCUAUGGGAAAAGCAAUAAAGAAUGUAUUCACUGAAUCAUAUCAUGGGCUAUGCACAUUUCACAUAAUGCAAAAUGCCAUCAAACACUUAUCAGUGAAGGGCCAAGAGGAGGAAGAAGAAGAGGGCGAGGGUGACCAGGAAGAUGAAGAACCUCACAUUCUAUCUGAUUUUAGUGCUUGUAUGUAUGGCUAUGAGGACAAGGAGGUAUUUGAAGAAACAUUUGACAAUAUGAGAACAAAAGUGCACAAGCAAACUUGGCUAGAUAGUAUCUAUAAGGUGAAAGAAAAGUGGGCUGAAUGUUAUAUGAGAGAUGUUUUUAGUUUGGGAGUGAGAAGCACACAGCUAAGUGAGAGUUUCAACAAUGCAUUGAAGAACCAUUUGAAAUCAGAUUUUGAUAUUAUUCGAUAUUUGAGGCACUUUGAGAGGGCAGUGGAGGACAAAAGAACUAACGAGCUGGAAUCUGAAUUUGAGGCUAGGAAGAACAUACCAAGAAGGCUAAUGUGCACUCCUAUGUUGGUGCAAGCAAGUAAAGUAUACACCCCAGUUAUUUUUGAAGCUUUUCAAAGUGAAUAUGAAAGAUCUAUGGCUGCAUGUACAAGAAUAUUAGAAGGAGAUAACAAAUAUGCUGUUGCUAUUGGGAGUCUCCAUGGUGAUCUAAGAUUUGAGGAGGAGCGCACAGAAGCCGAAAGGUACGCCGUGCCGUGCCACAGGAAAGGCACCCAAUCUGAGUCCACUGGAUGUAAAGUUAAGCUUCAGUCCGCCAUAUUUGGAAUUGGAUGCAUGGGGGCAGCAACUAUCAGGUGGCGCGCCGAGAGCUUGGGCCUCUGGCCGGCGGCCGGCGAUGAUGCCUGCAGCUUUGCACGCUGCAACACCAACACCACGCCGGGCGUAGGUGAACUAAACAAGGGCUUGGAUUUGUUGAUGCCGUCUCUCGCUGCCUGUGGGCGCUGCACUCUGCCUACGUACUCAUCACAGUUCAUCAGCAUAAUAAUGCUCUUCUUCAAUGUCUGCUGA